GCGCUCUGGAUGCUGGACCCCAGGGACAUUGGCGAGUGGCAGCACGAGGAGUUCUAUCGCUUCAUAGCGCAGGCUUACGACAAGCCCCGCUAUGUCCUGCACUACAAGACCGACGCACCCCUCAACAUCCGCAGCAUCUUCUACGUGCCUGAGCAAAAACCAUCCAUGUUUGACAUCAGCAGGGAACUGGGCUCCAGUGUUGCCCUCUACAGCCGCAAGAUUCUUAUCCAAACCAAAGCUGCAGACAUCCUACCCAAAUGGCUGCGCUUUCUUAGAGGUGUUGUGGACAGUGAGGAUAUCCCCCUGAACCUCAGCAGGGAGCUGCUGCAGGAGAGUGCCCUUAUCAGGAAGCUCCGAGAUGUUUUGCAGAAGAGGUUGAUCAAAUUCUUCAUUGACCAAAGCAAGAAGGACCCUGAGAAAUAUGCCAAAUUCUUUGAGGACUACGGGGUAUUCAUGAGAGAGGGCAUUGUCACUAUAGCAGAGCAGGAUGUCAAGGAGGACAUAGCGAAGUUGCUGCGUUAUGAAUCGUCUGCCCUGCCUGCGGGCCAGCUGACCAGCCUGACCGACUACGCCUCCCGCAUGAAGGCAGGGAGCAGAAACAUCUACUACCUGUGUGCGCCCAACCGGCACCUGGCUGAGCACUCCCCAUACUUUGAGGCCAUGAAGAAGAAGGACAUGGAGGUCCUGUUCUGCUAUGAGCAGUUUGAUGAGCUGACACUCUUGCACCUUCGGGAGUUUGACAAGAAGAAGUUGAUCUCGGUGGAGACAGAUAUCGUUGUUGAUCACUACAAGGAAGAGAAGUUUGAGGAGAGCCACCCAGCUGCAGAACGUCUGACAGAGAAAGAGGCUGAGGACCUGAUGGCCUGGAUGAGAAAUGCCUUGGGCUCUCGAGUCACUGGUGUUAAGGUGACUACACGGCUGGACACCCACCCUGCUAUGAUCACUGUGCUUGAGAUGGGGGCUGCCCGCCACUUUCUUCGCAUGCAGCAGCUGGCCAAGACCCAAGAGGAGCGUGCCCAGCUCCUGCAGCCCACCCUGGAGAUCAACACGGGGCAUGCUCUGAUUAAGAAGCUUAACGAGCUGAAGGACAGUCAGCCUGAUCUGGCCCAGCUGUUGCUUGAUCAGAUUUAUGAGAAUGCCAUGAUAGCAGCAGGACUGAAUGAGGAUCCCAGACCAAUGGUGAACCGGCUGAACAAACUCCUCACCAGAAUCCUGGAGAAGAACUGAGCCCCAGAAGAUGGAGGGAUGAACUCUGUGCUGAUAUCCCUUUCCUCACGUGCAGUCACUCUGUCAGCUAUUGCAGCAUCUACUUGCAGGCACUGUGCAGCGAGGGCUUCACAGGGCAGAGGGCCAGGGGGAAGGCAGGGGACUUCCAUCCCUCACUGCACAGGAGGAGCCAGUUGUAAUUCUUAGAUCAUAUGUCAUCAACCUGUUCAAAGUGCGGUGUUCGUAUUGGGAACAAAAUCCAGAGGUUGCUGCUAAAACAGUAUGCACAAAUUUCUGACACAAGCUUAGAGAGCCUUAUUUCAUGCUGUUUCAAGAAAUGGUCUUUUCCAGAACAGCAAGAUUCCCAGUUAGGUCUGUGAAUACACCC